ACGGCUCCUCUGCAAACACAGCAGGAGGGCUGAAAUCAGAAGUCAUUUAGCACGAGUCACAGACAAAUGCUGACAGGUUCAUGCUACUUAUGAUGUAGACAAAGGCAUUUGGGCCCAUUUCACCUGUUCUGCUGGAAGAUGGCCACUGCAGCGGAGGACCACCACCUGGGAUCAGGCCCUGACGAUAGCGAAGUGUCUCCAUCCGGGAGAGAGCCAGACUCAGAUAGCAUUCUUUCGGAUGACUCGGUGCUUCCAGACUACACGCCAGAGAGAAGAAAUGGGAGUGCAGCAUCAACACUGUAUCAAGCGUGCGCCCGUAAUGAACCGGUCUCUCUGCAGACAGUGCUUGAGAGGGGGGUCACAAAAGAAGAGGCGAUGGAGCUGGACAUCAAUGGCUGGAAUGGUUUAAUGGUGGCGUGCUGUAAAGGUUUCCUAGAGAUCGUACAUGGACUUCAUACCUGUCCAUAUAUUGACAUAAAUCACCAGGACAAUGAAGGCAACACAGCACUGAUGAUUGCAUCCCAAGCAGGUCACAUCAUGACAGUGACGUAUCUCCUGAACUAUUAUCCUGGAAUAGACACAGAAAUAAGGGAUUGUAGAGGUUUCACAGCUCUCAUCAAAGCUGCAAUGACUGGCCGCACUGACGUUGUGGCAGCCCUUGUUAUGGCUGGGGCUGACAUACAUGCAGUAGAUUCCACCAGAGGAAGAUGUGCUCGGGACUGGGCCUUUAAGACAGGUCGCUACGAGACCUUGCACCGUCUCCGUCGCCUCAAUAUGCGUCCAAGAGCUGAGCAGUUCUGUGAGGGUUAUGUCCCUGAGUGGCCUGAGCUCAAGGAGAGAGUAGCCAAGGCCGUAUCUCAGAAAACUCCCAGGGAAAAAAUUGCCCAGCAGAUCAAAGACACCUUUGGAUUCAGAUUACCUCGUGACCCCGAGGACAACGGGGUGUUGGACCACAUGGUGCGCAUGACCACCAGUGUCUACAGUCCUCUGAUUUCAACUGGAUGUCACCCACUCUGCCCCACGAGCCCUCCAGAGAUUGGCAAGAAGCGUCUGGCCGUACAAGAGCUGGUCAGCAAACAUACAAAAAAGGACCUUGAGGAAAGCUCAGUGUGCCACAGUAAUGGCUCAGUGUCGCACAUUAUCCCCACAAUCCACUCUGCAGAGUCAAUUGCUACGACAUGCUGUGCCGACACCGAGCGGCGAGGCAGUAUGCUCUCCACCAAAGCUGCCACAACUUUUAUUUCCCGGAGUAUGGGGAGGCGGAACAGCGUGUUCCCCUCUGGCUGCAUCCCAAAGAUCAAUGUAGACAGGCCAACAGAAGCAACGCCAAAGAAAGAAAAGAAGAAGAAGAGGGAAAAGGGCUAUCUGGAACCACCCAAGUGGAAGUACAAGGAGAUCAAGGAUGAGAAA